AACUUACUUGAAAGUUAAGCAAUCAUUUCAAAAAUGGAAAAGGAAAUAUACGUCGACAUAGAAGCCAUUGAAGAUGAUGUUAGUGAUGUUCAUGACAAUGUAGACUCAUUUGAAAGCAGUAGUAGUUCCAGCAAUCAGUCCUACAACUCCGAAUCUUCAUUGUCGAAAUCUCGUGUACCUGAAGACAUUCGCCUGAAAGUUAAUAGCAGAGAACGACAAAGGAUGCAUGAUUUAAAUUCGGCGCUAGAUGGACUCAGGCAAGUGAUGCCGUAUUCUAAUGCACCCACUGUAAAGAAACUGUCUAAAAUGUCUACCUUAUUACUGGCAAGAAAUUAUAUUGUAAUGCUAACACAGUCUAUUGAAGAAAUGAAGAAAAUUGUGCAGGACCUUUCUCUGAAGAAUAGUCAUCGUGCCUCUAUGUACAGUAAUGUUGGAAAUAGUCGGUACUCGCCGUACAAAUCUCCGUUCGUACCGCCUUACAGAGAUGUUACAAACACUAAUCAUGGACUUAGCGCUGACAGCUUCGUGAAUUCUGACAAAAAUAUAUUGUUUCCAAGGCUACAGACAUCAACACCGCUAGCAGAUAAAACAAACACUAGAACACCAGCAAGUGUUCCACACAAAUUUUCUGUUUCAUCGUUACUGGAUCAUUCUUCAGACUCAAAAUCGGAGUCACCAUCUAUCUGCUCGUCAUCAACAACAUUUUCACCGAAGAUUUCCUCAAGUUUAAGUCGAAGUCACAUUGAACAUUCACUUUCAACCCCAUGCUCUUGUGAAGCUUGUGUGUUACCACAAAUAUAUUCCAAGCGUGAAUGGAAGGCAUUAUUCUGAACAGUAUAGUACAAUCUUGAACUUCAUAUUUUAUCUGUGAUAAUUGUAACAUAUAAUUGUAUAUACCAAUGUGCAUUCGCCUGCUUUAUAUGAGCAUUAAAUGUUGUGCUAAGUUAUA